UUCGUAGAUUGGUGGUUUAAAAGUUACAUCGCAAAAGUUUGGCGAAAUAUUUAAUUUUUCGACAAACUUAUGGGACCGGUCACAAUGCGACGGCGUUCUUGGGAUGGGUUAUCCCGCUUUAUCUUUCUAUAAAACGCCUACUGUCUUCCAAAAUAUGAUUAAACAACACUUGGUGUCCCGACCAAUUUUUAGCUUCUGGCUAAAUCGGAAUUACGAGGACAAUUACGUAGGCGGUGAACUUCUAUUGGGUAACAUCAAUCCUUCCCAUUACAUGGGCGAGUUUACGUAUGUGAAUGUAACCCGCCCACGAUUCUGGCAGAUCGAAAUUGAUAAGAUUCAAGUACAAAAUUACAACUCUUGCUCGGACGGCUGUCAAGCUAUCGUAGACACGGGUUUCUCUAUGAUAGGUGGACCACCGGAGGCUAUCGCUGAUAUUCAGAGACAGAUUGGUGUUGUCGAUGAGGUGCCCUGCAACGAGAUUUCUGACUUGCCCUAUAUCAAUUUUGUCAUAGGUGGUAAGACGUUACCACUCACUGGUCAAGAUUAUAUGUUGAAGGUAACAAAAAGCCUUUGUGUGUUCGCCUUCCAAGGUGUUAAUCCGAUUAAUGGUGUAGAGUGGAUUUUGGGCGAUGUAUUUAUUGGUCGGUACUACACCGUAUUUGACAUGGGGAACAACCAAGUGGGAUUCGCCCUUGCAAGAAAUUAAAUUUUGAUUGCCUUCUCAUAAAGUUAUCAUUAAAUAUUAGGAAAUCUAAAUGACAUUGCUAAACAAAUAAGUCAUAGUUUUUUUAGAAUAUCGACCGACAUAUGGUUUGUAAUUUUAUAUGGACUAUUUAUAUGGUAUAUUUUUAAAUUAAUACGUAUGUGAGAAUUAGAAGAAAGACAUAUGCAAUAUUUAUUGUACCAACGAUAUGGUACAUCUUGUUCUUUCGGCAACUAUCGAAUUGUUAGAUAUUGUGAACACAACUUGUAUAGAAGUCUAU